AUGGCACCUGCACAAACACACCUGGCGGCUACACCUGUACCUGUCAACCAGGGUUUAGUAACCAUGGCAACAGCAACAAUGCACCUUGUGCAGGGCGCUGAUGUGGAUUGUAAACUGGACUUUCUGAAUGCAUCAGCAUCCACUACUCUGCCAGAGAAGACAGUGUGCAGUGUCCUGGAUGUUUUGCUGGACUCUCCUCCAGACAUUCUGGCCUCCAAGGGAGAUGCUGUGCUUCAGUCCACUGAGGACCUGGUGUCCACCUUGGUCAAGCCCACAGCCACUCAGUCCAGCACAAACUUCACCACUAACACCACAGAGGUGAAGAUCCUGAGUGUUGGACCAAAUACCUCUCUGACUGCAGUGCCUAAACUGGUGACUGCAGAUGUCAGUGUUGACAUUGAUCUCCUGGGCAUCGCUGACAACAACAAUGGUUCAGCAUCCGUGGUCAUCAUAGUGUACAACAACAUGCAUGAGGCUCUCAAUGCCGCCUUCUUCAAGACCCCAGACAACAAAAUGACAGACAUGAUCUCCAAGGUUGUGUCCGUCAUCUUGCCAAACACACUCGACAAGACGAUACCGACUCCGAUCAACAUCAGCAUACCACAUCUUGAGUCUGUCCAGAAUGCAGAUGCUGAGGACGAGGUGUUUUGUGUGCACUGGGAGGCCAAUGCCUGGAUUCAAGAUGGCUGCCAUGUCAGUAUUACCAAGUCCGCUCACACCGUCUGCUCCUGCCAAUACCCUUCAACAUUUGCCCUGAUAAUGACCAUGGAUCCAGCAAAGAAGAGUGACCCUGUGAUGAACAUUCUUAACAACAUCUUGGUGCUGAUUGGCCUGCUGUUCCUGAACUUGGCGGUGAUGACCUUUUCCCUCUGUCGAUGGAACCCCAGGGUGUCCAACGUGGCCCGCCUGAACCUGUGUGUGUGUCUGCUGCUGGCCCACACUCUCUUCCUGCUCAUACAGAGCUUCCUCCAACGAAUCAGGGCACACCAGGCUUUGUGUAAGACCCUGGCUGGAGUUCUGCACUACCUCUUCCUCUCUUCAUUCGUCUGGAUGUCCAUAGAGGCUGUGAUGCUCUUUCUGUCUGUACGGAAGCUCAGGCAGGUCAAACCUAUCGAGAGUGCGUGGCUACAGGGGAAGGUCUCCCUCCUGAUUGGCUACGGGAUCCCGCUAAUCAUCGUGGGUGUGUCUGCUGGAGUGAACCCUGAGGGACACGGCAGUGACAAGUGA